AUGAGUCGAAAACCACGAAAACGACGAGCAAAAUCGAAAUAUGUUUCUGAUAAGAAGCAGAAAGCUGAUGUGAGUUUUUGAAUUCCAGAAAAAUAUUGGAAAUAGCUUAUUUGUAAGGUGGAAAAUAAAUGUCUAAAAUAAAUUUUGAAUUUACCCUAUCAAUUUCUGGCUUCUCUUGAAUUUCAGUCAACUUUUCUGAAUUUCAGCCUUCGUUGGGUUUUUUCGAUAUACCAUUCGAAAUGAGAGAGAUGAUAAUUCUUGAAAUGGACGCAAAAAGUCGAUGCAAACUCGCGCAAUGCUCCACAAAAUGUGAAAUAGAAGUAAAAAGAUCGAAAUAUCAUAUAUACGGUUUGAAUGUUUUUGAUCGUUUCGAUACAUCUUAUAUUUGUGUGAAAGUUGGCGAUAAAUCUUGGCAUCAUUCAAGAAAACCAGAUUAUGCUUAUUCAUUCAAUUAUGAUUAUUCCGAAGAGGAUCCUGAAAGUAGAGUUUAUGUUAGUUAUUGUGAACUGGAAGAAGAUUCUGAUGAUUUGCCGAAUUCAUUUUAUAAGGAUCCCGAUGACUAUUUUUGUGAGAAUCAUGAGGAGAAAUGGACUAAAGUUGAAGAUGGAGAUAUGAAAACUGUUGUUUUGAAAUAUUUGACAAAUUAUUUGGACACUUAUCAUAAUUCGAUCAGAGAAUUCGAAUUCAGGGUGAAAUUUUUAUUUUAGUUAGAGAUAAUGGAAAUUCGAGAGCGUCGAAUCAAAAUAGUUUUCGAUGUUUUUCUUUUUUUUCUGCAUAGGAAUAGUAUUAAAGGGUUGGUGUUCUCCUGGUGAAAAAAACUUCUGCAAAAAGGCGUCAAACAGUUUUCUGCAAACACACACACGAAAAUAAAAAAAACGCGUUAGAGCGCACUUUCUUGUUUUAUUUCAUAGGUUUCAACUCGCUUGUGUUUUUGAGGAAAAAAUGGGCUCAGCUGCUACUAUAAUUUUUCUAAAACCUUAUUCCUAUCUAAACCAAUCAAGAUUCCUUGGCGGAGCACCAACCUUUCAAUGUUCUGUUACAUAUUAUUUUGAAAAAGAUUUCCUAAAAUAUCUGAAUCGAGAAUUUCUACCAAGUUUUCAAUUUUUGAAGUAAAUUUUUUAAAAAACGUUUUGUUUCAGCACGAAAUGAUAACUGUGCACGAUUUCAACGUGAAACAUUUGAGACGACUCAGAGCGCUUGAAGUUACCCAGCAGAGAGAAGAUCUUUUGACAUCGGGAUUCAUAAACUUCAACCAACUUUCGAAAAUGAUAAGAAUUUGGGCAAGUGAAACAAAUUUGACAUUCGAACAAUUAUGCGAAUUUCAAGGAACUCGAGGAUGUUUAAGAUGCAAUGAUUUCGAUGAUAAAACUAUCAAAAAAUAUUUGGAAAUGAUUAAAAGAGGAGAGAAAGAUAAUCAAUUGUUGAAUUUCGUUAUAAUGACACCAAGAAACGAGAAUUUGAACAUGGAUUAUUACACAGAAAAUUUGAAAUCGAGAGAGAAAUCUGAUCGUCCUGGAAUGGCUGCAAUUCAAGAAAUUUGUCUUAUGCAACAAGCAAUUCUUGGCCCAGAAUAUUUUGGAUUCACCUGCAAAACUUUCACUGAUUAUCGACUUGGAGUUGCCCAAUUUUCUAUUGAGGAAGACUCAAUUACUGUUAUGGCUUUAUAA